UUUUCCCGCCUUCUUACAAAGCAAACAACAAUGGCUUCUCGGCGACUUGUGAAGGAGUUUGAAGAGCUGCAAGGCAACGAGCUGAUCAAGUCCACUGUGCGCAACGUAACCAUCGACGAGACGAACGUCCUCGCUUGGGAAGCACUGCUCGUCCCGGACGUUGCUCCAUACAACAAGGGAGCCUUCAAAAUCUCCAUCACCUUCCCCUCAGAGUACCCCUUCAAGCCCCCGAAGGUCACCUUCUUGACCAAAAUCUACCACCCGAACGUGGACGAAUCCGGAGUGAUUUGCAUCGGUCUGCUCAAGUCUGAGGCGUGGAAGCCCGCGACCAGGAUUGAUCAAGUCCUUUCGGCGCUCGUCGAUCUCGUCAACGAGCCGAACGCUGCCGAUCCUCUAAACACCGAGGUCGCUGAAGUCUUGACAACCGACAAGAAAAAGUUUGUCAAGAACGUCGAAGAGCACAUCAAAAAGCACGCUGAAAAGCGACCCAAGGAGUAGUGGGUCAUUGUGUUUUGAAGUGUGUGUGUGUGUUUUUUUUUUUUUUUUUUUUCUUGUUGUUGUUGUCUCUAAUUACAGUCAUUGCGCA